CGCAGGGUGGGUUUGCGGUUCCCAGGAGCGGUGCAGGGUCCCAAGGCUGGGUAGGGGGCGCCUGCCGUGGGUGCGUGGGGCCCCGUCGGCGUCCCGGCCCGUGCCUGGUCGGGGAAGGGGCGUGGAAGGAAAGCCAGAGGUCAGGGGCCGGCGCCCAGCUCCCUGGAAGUCGUCGGUUGGGGCCCCUUAGAUGUGGGGAGACGCCGUCUUGUGUGGCUUCUGCCACAAGCGGAAGUGCGUGUCGGCGGGAUCAUGGCGACUUUGGCGGACCUGCCGGACUCAGUCCUGUUAGAGAUCUUCUCUUACCUCCCGGUCCGGGAUCGAAUUCGCAUCUCCAGGGUUUGUCACCGCUGGAAGAGGCUGGUGGACGACCGGUGGCUCUGGCGACACGUCGACCUGACUCUGUACACGAUGCGGCCUAAAGUCAUGUGGCACCUCCUUCGCCGCUAUAUGGCAUCCCGGCUCCGUUCCCUGCGGGUGGGCGGCUACCUGUUCUCAGGCUCCCAGGCCCCCCGGCUGUCCCCCGCCUUGAUGAGGGCCCUGGGCCAGAAGUGCCCUAACCUGAAGCGUCUCUGCCUGCACGUGGCCGACCUGAGCAUGGUGCCCAUCACCAGCCUGCCCUGCACCCUGAGGACCCUGGAGCUGCACAGCUGCGAGAUCUCCAUGGCCUGGCUCCUCAAGGAGCAGGACCCCACCGUGCUGCCCUUGCUCGAGUGCAUCGUGCUGGACCGGGUCCCUGCCUUCCGUGAUGAGCACCUGCAGGGCCUGACGCGCUUCCGCGCCCUGCGGUCGCUGGUGCUGGGCGGUACCUACCGAGUGACCGAGACAGGGCUGGAUGCGGGCCUCCAGGAGCUGGGCUACCUGCAGAGGCUGGAGGUGCUGGGCUGCACCCUCUCAGCUGACAGCACCCUCCUGGCCGUCAGUCGCCACCUCCGAGAUGUGCGGAAGAUCCGGCUGACCGUGAGGGGCCUCUCUGCCCCCGGCCUGUCCGUCUUGGAGGGCAUGCCAGCCCUGGAGAGUCUGUGCUUGCUGGGCCCUCUCAUCACCCCAGAAAUGCCUUCUCCGGCUGAAAUCCUCUCUUCCUGCCUCGCCAUGCCCAAGCUCAGGGUCCUUGAGCUGCAGGGGCUGGGGUGGGAGGAUCAGGAGGCCGAGAGGAUCCUGUGUAAGGGGCUGCCCCACUGUAUGGUCAUCGUCAGGGCCUGCCCCAAAGAGUCCAUGGACUGGUGGAUGUGACUGCAUCACCCAUCCAUGUUGGCUUUCAUGGGUGAGCCCCAGACCCUCUGGACAGCACCUUGCAGAGGGCCCGUAACCAGGUUGAGAGAGCCCAAAGCCACAAGGUAGAACGAAGGCCUUGGGGCCUCCGGACAGUUGGAAUCCCUGUUUGCCAGUUGUUUGGCCUCUGUGACAUCAGCCAGCUUCUCGGAGGGCCUAUCCCCACAUCUGGAAGUGGGGAAGAUCAUAGCUACCUCAUGGUUAUGUCGCGAAGCCUUAUUCUUUACCAGCCCCCGGGCCAAAAAGGUCCUCGACGAUGGGUCAUUCUCAGGAACAGAAUGGAUGCAGCAGGGUGGGGUUAAGAGUUAGGGGGAGCUGAGGGCCAGGGCCCCUUUAGGAGGCCUGGCAAGACUAUCUAUGCAUGUGCACCCCCACGCUGACACGCCAUUGAUACACGAGGGAUGCGAUGAGAAAGCCCAGGAAGACUUCUGCUUUGACGAUUGAAAGUGUCAGUGAAGGUUCUCAGUUGUACUUUCGGUAUUUUGGUAUUCUAUAUUUUCAAAUUUUUCCACAAUAUAUAUUAUUUUGCUAUUAAAGAAAAAUAAUUUUUUUUUCCCAAAA